AUGAGCUCCCGGGUGGUGAACAGGAAAGGAGAGCCACAGUACCGCCGGCACUUCCUGACAGACAACAGCACCUUUCACGUGGAGCGAUGCAUGAGUGUGAUGCAGUCCGGGACACAGAUGGUAAAGCUGAAGGCAGGAUCCAAAGGGCUGGUGAGACUCUUCUACCUGGAUGAGCAUCGCUCCUGCAUUCGCUGGAAGCCCUCACGCAAGAGUGAGAAGGCCAAGAUCACCAUUGAUUCGCUGUACAAAGUGACAGAGGGCGGCCAAUCGGACAUCUUCCAUCGGCAUGCAGACGGCAGCUUCGACCCGGCCUGCUGUUUCACGGUGUACCAUGGAAACCACAUGGAGUCCCUCGACCUGGUGACUUCAAAUGCAGAAGAAGCCAGAACCUGGAUAACUGGCCUCCGCUACCUGAUGGCUGGGAUCAGUGAUGAGGACUCGCUGGCCAAACGGCAGCGCACACACGACCAGUGGUUGAAGCAGACGUUUGAGGAGGCCGAUAAGAACGGAGACGGACUCCUGAAUAUCGAAGAGAUCUACCAACUUCUCCACAAGCUCAAUGUCAAUCUGCCGCGCAGGAAGGUCAAACAAAUGUUUCAGGAAGCGGACACGGACGACCAGCAGGGAACGUUGACGUACGAGGAGUUCUCAGUCUUCUACAGGAUGAUGUCUCUGAGACGGGACCUCUUCCUGCUGAUGAUGGCGUACAGUGACAGGAAGGACCACCUGACAGCGGAGGAGCUGGCCAACUUCCUGCGCAACGAGCAGAAGAUGACCAAUGUGACUCCAGAGUAUGUUGCAGAAAUCAUUGACAAGUUUGAGGUGUCUGACGAGAAUAAACAAAGAGGCGUCAUGGGCAUUGAAGGUUUCACAAGCCUAAUGCGCAGUCCAACGUGUGACAUUUUCAACCCUUUGCACCACGAGGUGAAUCAAGACAUGGAGCAGCCUCUGUGCAAUUACUUCAUCGCCUCUUCUCAUAACACAUACCUGACCGGAGACCAGCUCCUCUCCCACUCCAAGACCGACAUGUACGCCUGGGUGCUGCAGUCCGGCUGCCGCUGCGUAGAAGUGGACUGCUGGGACGGUCCUGAUGGAGAGCCGAUGGUCCAACAUGGCUACACUCUGACCUCCAAGAUACCGUUCAAGCUGGUCAUAGAGACCAUCAAUAAAUAUGCCUUCAUAAAUAACCAGUACCCAGUAAUUCUCUCCAUCGAGAACCACUGCAGCAUCCAGCAGCAGAAGAAGAUUGCUCAGUGCCUGCGAGAAAUCUUUGGAGACAAACUGGAUGUGGGAGAUCUCCUGAGCAGAGGCUCCAGAACACUACCCAGUCCUCACAGCCUGAGGGGCAAGAUACUCAUCAAAGGGAAGCGUCUGCCUGCCUAUCUGUCUGCAGACGCAGAGGAAGGCGAGGUCUCUGAUGAUGACAGCGCAGAUGAAAUUGAGGAUGACUUCAAGCUUAAGAGCAAUAAUGGCAAUGGUCAUCACCAGGUGGAGUCUCACAUCAGAAAGAAACUGGACUCUCUGCUGAAGGAGUCCCGGAUCGGAGACAAGGAAGAUACCGACAGUUUCAGCAUCCGAGCGCUGCUGCGGGCCACGCACCAGGGUCUACAGAAGAACCUGCGGCAGAGCUCCAAAGGGGUUUUGAAGAAAUCCCAGAGCAGAUCCUUCAUCACAACGCUCAAACAGAAGAGGCACUCCAAAUCCAGGCUGUCAUGCCAAAGCGUGGACAAGGAGGAGGACAGUCAGGAGAAGUCUGGGAGGGAGGCUGGAGGACAGUUCAACAGGGGUGGAAGGAAGAGGAAGACAAUGAAACUGAGUAGAGAUCUGUCAAACCUGGUGGUGUUCACCAACUCUGUUGCCUCGCAGGAGUGUCUGAAUGAAGGUACUCCAGGUGACGUUCUGUCAUUCAGCGAGACCAGGGCUCAGUCUCUGGUCAAUCACAGAGCCGAACAAUUCCUGGCUUUUAACCAGAGGCAGCUGUCACGGAUUUAUCCCUCAGCCUAUCGCAUUGACUCGUCCAAUUUCAACCCACAGUUUUACUGGAACGUGGGCUGUCAGUUGGUUGCUCUGAAUUACCAGACAGAGGGCAGGAUGAUGCAGCUCAACAGAGCCAAGUUCAUGGUGAAUGGAGGUAUUGGCUACGUCCUCAAGCCCCCUCCCAUGUGUAAAGGCUCCUUCAACCCAUUCAGUGAUGACCCGCUUCCAGCUUACCCCAAGAAGCAACUCGUUCUCAAGAUCAUUAGUGGCCAGCAGUUGCCCAAACCACCAGACUCCAUGCUGGGGGACCGCGGAGAGAUUAUUGAUCCAUUCGUUGAAGUGGAGAUCAUCGGCCUCCCAGUUGAUUGCUGCAAGGAACAGACGCGAGUUGUCGAUGAUAAUGGUUUUAAUCCGGUAUGGGAAGAGACUCUGUGCUUUACACUUCAUAUGGCUGAGGUGGUUUUGGUGCGCUUCCUUGUGUGGGACCACGACCCAAUCGGACGGGACUUUAUUGGUCAACGGACUGUUGCUUUCAGCAGCCUGAUGCCUGGUUACAGACAUGUUUACUUGGAGGGGCUGACCGAGGCGUCCAUCUUUGUGCAUGUGUCAGUGCAUGAUGUUUAUGGGAAAUGGAGUCCUCUAGUCCUGAACCCCAGCUUUACCAUAAUGCACUUUCUAGGAUCUAACAAGGGUCAUCAGCUGCGAGGUAUCCGGGGUUUGUUCAACCGCUCUUCCAAGUCCUCUGUGGAUACAAACUCCAGUGGCCUUCGGAAACGCUCCAUCAGUGAUCACCUCCUACGGCGCACAGCUAGUGCCCCAGCAAAGGGACGGAAGAAGACAAAGAUGGCGCUGUCAGAGUCAGUGGCUUCGAUAUCAGACCAAAAGAACAGCACAGGUGCAGGAGCAGGAGGCGAGGGCAUGUCAGGGAAGGAAGGAGGGGUGGAGAAGCGUCUCCAACCCCGAGCCCCCCUCACCCACAGACCUAUCUCCAUGCCCUUAGACAGGCUUCUGCAAGGGCAGCUAUCCCUCUGCUCCCCAGACAAGGAACAACAUGACAUGGGUGCAGACACUGUCAUUGGAGCUUGCUCCUUCAACAGGCCCAGGUCUUCCUCUUUGGACCCUUUCAUCAAAUCAUCAUUCUUUAUCGAACCAGACAUCUCUUCCCCUUCUGAGACAUACAUCAAAAGAAACAAAGAAUUUGACCAAUCAGAGGAGGCUUCCUAUCUGGUUAUUGGUGGGGGAGAAGUAAGAAAUGAAGAAGAUUAUGCUAAUUACCAAGCAGAAGACAAUGGAGUCAACAAAUCAAACAACUUCACAGCACCUUCCAUGAACAGCCAGAUGAGAUCAGAUAAACCAGAAACAUCGUCAAACAGCACAGCAUUUACCGUUGCACCUUCCAUCUCCUCGUCCUCCUCCUCUGCCCCCUCCAUCAUGGCCCCUCUCUCCCCUGUCAGUGUGGACUGUGAUCUUAAGAGUCCCAGCUCUCUACAUGACAGCACCCUCUCCAGACUCAUUGAUGCUGUGUCCUUAGGCAACGAGCAAGACACAUGUGGCUCUAUUUCUGCUCUGAUUGGUCAGUUCGAAAGUACUGUUGACCAAAACGAUCUUACAAUCUUAUCUCAUGAUACCCCUUUCCGUCACUCAAACUUCAGGCCUACCACUCCUAAAGUGCUGCAAGAUUUAAGGUCUCCUCUCAAGACCAACACUGCAUCUCCUAACAAGAAACAUAUAAUAAGUCCCCAAAAAGUAGCUCAUAAUCAGAAUCAUGUAAAACAGGAAAUCCUUUCCUUGGCAGAUGCACCUGCUCCAGCCAUCCUCUCCAGCCCAGAAACUGCUGAGCUUGAGGAGGUCUACACUAUUCUGGAUGAGGAGGUGCUUUUGCCUGUAUCAGUGUACAACCUGAAGAAACAGGCAGUCAGUGUUGAGGCAGAUAAGAUGGAGAGCACAUCCUCAAACAGCUUGAGGUCCUCUCCUGCAAAGGUGGUUCAAGGUUUAGGGAAAGGGCACAGUGCGGGCUGGGAUAUGCACAGAACUGAGGAGGCUGAGGAGAGUGUAUACGAGGAAGUGUUUGAUCCCCCACCACCAGUACCAGAGACAGAACGGGGUCCCUCUAAAAUGUACAUGGGCUCCUCUGUAAACAACAACUGCUUUCAGUUUCUCCAUGAGUCAGCUGGCAAUGCUUUUGCAGAAGUGGAGAUAAAUGUUGAUGAGGAUCCGUUAGAGAUAAUGCUGACCUCGCUCAGACAUGACAGCCAAUGGGAGGAGCGCGUAAGUCCAACCAAACGGCAUGCUAUUUACCAAAACCAUGAGUCAACUCCCAACUACUCCCAACAAAAACUGAAUACAUCAUCAUACCGUGAUCUGCAACAGCAGUACCGUUCACAUGCAUCUCAUGUAGCAUUUUCAAAGUGUCCCUCCCCAAUGAAUCAGCCUUCCUACCAGCUGUCCAAUCACCACCAACACCUGAACAACUCCCAGCCUUCUCCUUUUCACGGACCCGCCAACUCUAGAACCUCUAACCCUAGUCCACUGCGUCAGAACAGCUACCCUGUUCCUCAGAGCAAAUCUGAGGCCUUGAACAACAGCAAAGACUUCAGCAGUUCCUACACACAACAGAAGAGCUAUAGUGGCAGCCAGAUCCUAAACAGGUCUCAUCAAGAUAGGGUUGGGUAUAAACGGAUGGAGAGGGAGCCAGUAAGGUGUUUCCACAAUGGUUUCUCCUCUUCUGAAAGUCUGCCUAGCCAAUCUGCUGUGUCUAGAAACAUCAGCAGAGACAGAGGCCUAUAUUCCCCUUCUUCAGACUGUGAUGCAGUGUACAGCCACCUGGACUAUGACAGCAUUACACUCCCAUCAGAGUCUUCAGCUCCUCGAAACACCCAGCCACACUGCCAAAGUCGAACACAGUCAUACACCCCGAAGCAAUCAUGGAAUGAAAAUGUUUCCCUCAAUAAUAUAAGGCACCAGUCACAGCCUGAAUCCAUAAUUUCUCUGCACUCAAAUCAAGUCCCUUUAUCAACAAAACCCCUGUCUGUUACCACAGACUCCACAGCCCCCAGCCCAUGUAAGUCAAAGUCCCUGGGAGAUCUGACCUCUGAAGACAUAUCAUGCAACUUCCAGAGCAAAUACCACAUUAUUAGUCGCAGUUUCAUCACUCCUCAUAUGAGGAAGCAAAAGAGGAUGGGCACCAUGGGGGAAGUAACUUUCCAAUCACAGUCUUGCGAUCCACUUACAGAACAACUGCGUAAGCUGGUCAGUCUGGAGGGGGAAGACACUGACAGAGAUAGACCUCUGCCUCCUCAGUUGCGUCACGAAUCAAAACCUGCACUGUCACAGCCACAGGACACAAGUAUAGCUCCUAUUGUUCCCAGGGAUGUAGAUGAUUCCCCUCCGCUCCUUACCCGUCGCCUAUCCUCUCGGAGCCAAAGCCGAGUGCGUCAUAUUAACAGCCGUGCCCGCGAAAGACAGCAAGAGGCUCUAAAGCCUCGGGCAGGAGUAGUGAUCAAUAGUACUGCCAGCAUUGGGGGGGUAGUACUAAGGAAUAAACCAGCCUCACAGAAUCCACCACCUAACAGACACUCUACUGGUUCUUACAUAGCAGGCUACCUUGGUCAGCUAGAGGACAGGGGACUUCCUGAAGGAGCUUGCACGUCAUUGCAUUAUGGAAAUGGGGAUCAUUAUGGAGAUCGCUACUAUACCGAUGACUCCCUUCCACCUGCUGACUCUGACCACCCUGCAUCAGAGCCUGAGGUCUAUUUUCUGCUCAGACUGUAA